GUCCCGCGCGCGCUGGAGACGGCGGCCACGGUGGGAAGGUUUCUCCGGGCUUCGGUUGCCCGACAUGUGAGUGCUAUUCCUUGGGGCAUCUCUGCCUCUGCAGCCCUUCGACCUGCUGCUUCCCGAAGAACAUGCUUGACAAAUGUAUUGUGGUCUGGUUCUGCCCAAGCAAAAUUCGCUUUUAGCACCAGUUCCACACACCAUGCUCCUGCCGUCACCCAACACGCGCCCUAUUUUAAGGGCACCGCCGUUGUCAACAGAGAGUUCAAAGACCUAAGCCUUGAUGACUUUAAGGGGAAAUAUUUGGUGCUUUUCUUCUACCCUUUGGACUUCACCUUUGUGUGUCCUACAGAAAUUGUUGCUUUUAGUGACAAAGCCAAGGAGUUUCACGAUGUGAACUGUGAAGUUGUUGCGGUUUCGGUGGAUUCGCACUUCACCCAUCUCGCCUGGAUAAACACACCGAGGAAGAAUGGCGGUUUGGGCCACAUGAACAUCGCACUCUUGUCAGAUUUGACUAAACAGAUUUCCAGAGACUACGCCGUGCUGCUGGAAGGCCCUGGUGUUGCUCUGAGAGGUCUCUUCAUAAUUGACCCCAAUGGAAUCAUCAGGCAUUUGAGUGUCAAUGAUCUCCCCGUGGGCCGAAGCGUGGAAGAGACCCUCCGCUUGGUGAAGGCGUUCCAAUUUGUGGAAACCCAUGGAGAAGUCUGCCCAGCAAACUGGACCCCGGAUUCUCCUACAAUCAAGCCACAUCCAACUGCUUCCAGAAAAUACUUCGAGAAGGUAAACCAGUAGAUCAUCCACCCCGUGUACCUGCAGCUCCUCCCAUCAGAAAAGAAUCACAGUUGGAACUCAUCUAUUAGCAUUUCAAAGAUGAUUAUUU